AUGAUUAUUUGUGGUCGGUGUCGUAAUUUACUCUAUAGAGAGCAUAAACAUCAUCGUUAUGUCCUUGAUCAAUCGACAAUUGAUUCGAAUAGUCUUGAGGAUGCAAGUGAAUCUGAAGAACAACAACAACAACCAAAAGAACAAGAAGAGCGGCAGUCACAACAAACAUCUUCAGCAAUAAACAGUGGUGUUGUACUUAGUGGUGUUUUGGGGAAUGGUGAUGAUUAUUUAUACUUAGGGAUGUACCGAGACCGAGAUCUCGGUCUCAGUCAAUCUCGGUCUCGGUCUCGGUCUCGGUCUCGGUCGUCUCGCCCGAGAUCUCGGUCUGUCUCGCUCUGUAUAACAAAUAAUCGUUUUGACUUUCAUUAUGCCACGAAUGCCGCAGCCAAUCAUUUGGCAAUUAAUAUUUUGAAAUCGAUAUUAAUGUAG